GAUGUAUAAAAUUGUAUUAUAUGAGUCAGUUCGUAAUACUCUAAUAAGGAUACGGAUGUUCAGUGCUUUGUCUAAAGAUGCAAUACGCUUUUGAUUCCAUGCAAACCUCGUGUUGACCCUUAUGUUUUCAAGGUCAGGACAGAAGGAAAACACUACACAGAAGCUAGUGAUAGCAAUGGAUAAUCCUGGUGAAGAUGAAUCUCCAGACAGUGCAAGUGGACGUACUGAUACAGAGGUAGACAAUAUGGAGCAGGAUGAUGCUCUGCACCCAGCAAGUGGCACCCCUGUCACAAUAACUGGAAGGGAAGCCAGUCAGACACAAAGUGAGCUUUCAGAGUCCCCACCCAGUCACUCUGAAAGUAGCCAGGAAGAUGUUGCUGAAAAAGUAACACAGGAAGAUGAGGAGGAAUCAGAAAGUGGGGUUGAUGGGCAGUCGGACUUUAGUGAAGAUAUAACCUGUCUAAUUGCGGACAGUAUACAUGGUGCUGAUGGAGUGGAGACGCAGACUUGCUUACCUCAUUCUAUACUAAAGCAUCAGACACAGGAUGAUAGGGAGCCUAUACCAGCUUUUGUAAUGGAUAACGUUUGCAUGAAAACGGGGUAA